GGGCAGAGGAGGGGCCUGGAACAAUGAAGAGCAUUUCCUGCCUGCUGGGACCUGCAGCAUUUGCUUAUCUUUCUCCCUCCUGAGACGCUAAGUUAUUUAGUCGUAAAACUUGAUGUGUUUCAUGUUAUACAAGGGUGUAAAGAAUUCCACUUGCUUCCAGCCAUGUUCUGCAUUGGACACUCUGUGUCGGUGCUGGUGCUGGUGUUGUGCCUAGCGCAGCACACAUACAGUGGGAAGGUCCUGCUGUGGCCAGGGGAAUACAGCCACUGGCUGAACAUGAAGAACAUUAUGACUGCGCUGUUGGAGAAGGGGCACCAGAUUACUGUGCUCAUUAACUCUGGUACUCCUACCAUCAAGGCCAACCAGUCGUCCAACUGCAGCUUUGAGAUCAUCCCAGUGUCCUUCACGCCACAGGACACGAAUGACCUAGUGGACGAGAUGCUCCUGUACAGCUUGUACGAGCACGAUUCCUACAUCCAGGCCUUCCUGAAGAUCAAGGUCAUGGAUCUGAUGGAGAAAAUGACUGCCUUGCAAGUGCAGAUGUGCUGUGACAUGUUCCGGAAUGAGGAGCUCCUGAACAAGCUGAACCAGUCCAAGUACGAGCUGGUGCUCACUGAUCCCAUGAUGCCGUGCGGUUACCUGCUGUCGGACAAGCUCGGUAUCCCCCUAGUGAUAUCCCUGAGGAUCUCGUUUGGAUAUGUUUUUGAGAGACUCUGUGGCCAGAUGCCAGCACCCCCCUCAUAUGUUCCUGCACCUCCUGUACAGUACACAGACAACAUGACCUUUGUGGAGCGACUGAAGAAUUUCCUGCUGUACACCCUUCAUACAACAGUGUUUAAUUUACAAUGCAUUUUCAAAAUUGAUAAACAUUACAGUGAAAUUACAGGCAAGCCCACGUCGUUCUGUGAGGUCAUAGGGAAGGCUGACAUUUGGUUGAUCCGUACCUACUGGGACUUCGAAUAUCCCCGACCUUUUCUUCCAAACUUCAAAUUUGUUGGUGGCCUUCAUUGUAAGCCUGCUAAGCCUCUGCCUGAAGACAUGGAGGAAUUUGUGCAGACCUCCGGAGAAGAUGGGGUCGUGGUGUUUUCUUUGGGUUCAAUGGUAAAGAAUCUCACCAAAGAAAGAAGAAACACAAUUGCUUCUGCUCUGGGACAGGUGCCACAAAAGGUUCUCUGGAGAUACAGUGGGGAGAAGCCAGACACUUUGGCUCCCAACACUAGAGUUUAUGACUGGAUUCCUCAGAAUGAUCUGUUAGGCCAUCCAAAGACAAAAGUCUUCAUUACCCAUGGAGGGACCAAUGGUAUAUAUGAAGGCAUCUACCAUGGUGUCCCUAUGGUGGGCAUCCCCUUGUUUGGUGACCAGUCGGGCAACAUGCUCCACAUGAAGACAAAGGGGGCUGCAGUCAUCCUGGACUUCAACCACUUUCAGGCACAAGACCUUGUGGAUGCUGUCAACACUGUAGUAAAAGACCCAUCGUACAAAGAAAGUGCAAUGAGGCUUUCGAGGAUCCACCACGACCAGCCGAUGAAACCGCUGGACCGCGCUGUGUUCUGGAUCGAGUUUGUGAUGCGGAACAAAGGAGCGAAACACCUGAGAGUACAGUCCCAUAACCUGUCCUGGUAUCAGUACCACUGUCUGGAUGUCCUCGCCGCACUGCUCGCCACGGUGGUGCUGGUCACCUUAAUCAUCUUCAAAUCGUGCUGCUUCUGCGUCCGCAAGUGUUGCCUGAGAUCAAAAGCCAAAAGUAAAAAGGAGUGAUUGUUGUGGUGUGUUCACUGUCGCCUUUCCACUGGCAGCUUACGUACAUUGGCCUGACCUGCAGAGCACCAUACCGGCUCAGGAACUGUGCUUGCAACUCAAAGGCUGUUGUUUUGAUUCCCAGCUGGGUUGCUACUGUUGUACCAUUGAGAAAGCAUUUAAAAUGUCUCAGUGAACAUCCAGCUGUAUAGGGGCAUUACGUGUAACAUUUCACUUAUUGUAAAGCGUCUUUGAGUUCAUGAAAAGCACUAUAUAAAAUAAAUGUAUUAUUAUUAUUAUUAUUAUUAUUAUUAUGUAAAAAAAAUUUAAAAAAAUAAAAAAUAGAAAAAUACACAAAAAACAAAUGUGUAGAUAAGAAUGCCUCCUCAAUAAUUUCUACUAUGAAAUUUUAAGUGGAGUUGAUCUCUGGAACCAAAGGGUUUGCAGAUUUAUUCAGGGUACAUUUAAAAAUAUUUUUGUAGCCGUCACUAUCUAUAUUAAUAAAUGGCUAAGCAGAAGGUCACCCUGUGCUGUCUUCUGGUCCACUGUGAAUGGAUGCAAAUAUAGUUUACAAAAUCCAUAAUGAACGACUUAAUUACAUUUAUUAUUCUGUGUUAGAUUGUCAUUUCAUUGUUAGAAUGGCCAACACUGUUUUCAAUCCUCAAAUAAAUUAUAAUUAAAUUAACUUGGUGCCAUAUAUGCUUAAAUAAGCUGUGCCAUGUUUAACUUUGUUUCCAACAAAUCAGAAAAAAUGAGUAGCAUGGGACAAGCCACUCAAAUAGCUUUAAUUUUUUUUGUUUUAUAGAAAUAAUUCCAUGAAAAUGAACGAAGUAAUUUUGAUUUCAGCUGCCUUAGAUGAUCAAUAUCAAUAUCUUACAUUUAUAAUAAAUAAAAUGAGUUAGAAAGAAUAUGGUUGAUUAAUGUUAGUUCAUAAUUUUGUGUAUGGAGAAUGAUGUUAUGCCAAGUUCAGUUGUAGGGCAUGCUUGAAAACGUGUUUACCUUAUGGGUUUGUUGAUCUGGGUUUCCUGGCGAUAUUAUGUAGUAUUAAAGUGAUUAUUAGUACUGUGUUCAUGGAAUUAAUGUUAGCCAAUCUAUGGGUCAAUGACACAACAUGUACGUUUUGUAUCGGAAAUCAAUAUUUUAUUAAAUGAACAAUGAAACCUGA